AGCACCUGCAAAUAUCAUUUAGUUUAUUUUUUUUAUAUAUCUGGCUUUAGAAAACUAAAGUAUAAUGGUUAGCUAGAAAAGGGGUUUGGUUUUAGGACUUGUGCAGUUCUUUUUUUCUUGCACAAAUAUGCUUCAAUCUUAUACCGGUUUGCAGUGGGAGUAGAUAUGCUUUGGACUGCACUGCCUUAUCCUCCCAAAUGCCAUCGAGUGGGGGAAGGGAACAAAAUGUCAGCUCAAUUAGAUGAAGUGGUUUUGAAAAUCCUUCCUUCAGAAAAUAAAUUCAGAAGCAUUCCAGAUGCUUUUUGAGUCUAGAUAUGUUAGAAAUUGUGCUUGAAGGUUCUUUGGCUCUGGUGCUCCACAUUUAAGGUUUUGUUUUCACCAUUUGUUCUUACAUAAUCCUUUUGUGAACUCAUUAGUGUUUUUCUGGUUGGAGAUUCAUGGAAUUAGUGGUCAGUUAGAAAAGGGGUUUGUCUUUAUGAAUUGUGCAGUUGUUCUUCUCUUGCACAAAUAUGCUGCAAUCUUAUGGCAGCUUAAUAAGAAUAGUUAAAUCAUGUAUGCUGUCAGCCAUCUGGCGUUGUCCGUGCCUGUGUUACUUCUUGAAUCGUGCUUAGCCUCUGCUUGUGGCCUCUGGUAGGUGAUACCACAAACGGCAGUUGAGACUGUUAGGCACAAGGCCUUGUUGAAAUCUUGAGUAAUAUGCUUAUGGCCCCAGUAGUAGAGGCUAUAACUUGGUUUUCAAAACCAGUUUAUUUUGGAUGGCUUUCUCUUAAAGGACACAUAGCAUGUCUGAUUACAUUUUAUCAUCAUCAUUAUUAUUAAGUGUAUCAUGCUGUUUUCCUGUGUGGUGUUUUAGGCUUUGAAUGAUCAAAUUUUUAUUGAAAUGUGAUGUUGGGUUUUAUUGUUGUUUUAAAUGUAAACUGCCUUGUGAGGGCUUUUGCCCUGAAAGACGGCCUAGGGAUAGAUAGAAAAUAAAAAAUGAGGGGCUGAACCAGUUCCUAGAUGGUACUAUUGUACCGUCAGACGGCAGGUGAGGGGAGCACAUGGUUAAGCAGAGGAGUAGGGUGAGGGACGGUGUCAUCUGCCCUCCUCUCAGCUCUUUUCUUACACCUGAGGAGAGUAGCUGAUGCUCAAGUAAAUCUGCCUGAAACAUCAGGCCAGGUCUGUGCUGUGCAAUGAUCCUGAUAUGUUUGAGAUACCUGUAAACGUUCCAGUGGAUACAGUGAAACUCCGGAUAGAAAAGACUGUCAUACGAAAGAUCCCGACUGAAGCCUUCUACUACCUGGUGGAUCUCAAAUACCUGUGGCUUACCUACAACUCUAUAGCAAACAUUGACACGAGCAGCUUCUAUAAUUUAAAACUAUUGCAUGAAUUGCGCCUGGAUGGGAAUUUGCUGUCGAGUUUCCCUUGGGAAUCUUUGGCUGAGAUGCCUAACCUCCGAACACUUGACUUACACAACAACCUAAUGACCAGCAUUCCUGCUGAGGCCGGCAAAUAUCUGAGGAAUCUCACUUACCUGGACAUAUCUAGCAACAAAUUAACCUCUCUGCCAUCAGACAUCUUGGAUAUCUUGCUUCCUUUUUCUGAAACAGGAUUGCCCAGAAACACAGAACCCAGGAAUGCAGACUCCAUAAUACAGAGGGUCAUAUUAGGCUUGCAGGACAACCCAUGGUAUUGUGACUGUCGGAUUUCCAAGCUAAUUGAAUUUUCCAAAAUUGUGGAUACCGCCAUUUUGCUUCUGGACCCUUUUGUGGCUUGCAGUGGACCUGAGAGCCUGGCUGGGAUUUUGUUCCAAAGAGCAGAGCUGGAACAGUGCUUGAAACCAUCCGUCAUGACUUCGGCCACAAAGAUCACCUCGCCCCUGGGAAGCAACGUCCUACUGCGCUGUGAUGCAACUGGCUAUCCCACCCCACAACUCACCUGGGUUAGGUCAGACAAUGUGCCGGUGAACUAUACAGUUAUUCAAGAAAGUCCCGGUGAAGGUGUAAGAUGGUCCAUCAUCAGCUUGACCGGCAUUUCCUACAAGGAUGCAGGUGACUACAGAUGCAAGGCCAAAAAUUUGGCUGGAAUGUCAGAAGCUGCUGUUACAGUCACUGUUGUUGGCGUUGUCACCACAACUGUUUCUCCACAAAAGUACGGGAAAAAGACUGCAGCAGACCAGCAAAACACCACCCAGGAAGAGGUCAAACAAGAAUCCUUGAAUGCAACCACCGCUUCUCCUUCAACACUGCCUACAAGCACUUCUUCUCCUACAACAGUGGCUACCAGUGAAAGGCCUACAACUGACAGAAGCAGCGACAAAAAACCACCCAAGUCAAUGCCAGAUGGAAGAAAGAACGCCAAAUCAAAUACAAACGGAGGCAAGAAACAACCAGGUGAUGUCAGCAAGAAGGAUGACGGGACAUCCCUCAGCGCAGCAGCAGGAGCUGAAAAAAACGGUGCAGUAAAAAACCUAAGAGUAAUUCCUGAAACUGACGAAAGAGUGACCUUAACAUGGAAAACUGCCAGUGUCACAAGCAACUCUUCUUUGACUGUGUUGUACUCAAAGUAUGGGGAGAAAGACAUGCUGCCCCUGAGCACUGACCCCUCGAAAAACAAAGUCACCAUAGAUGGUUUGGAACCCAGCACACAAUACAUGGCCUGUGUUGUUCCCAAAGGGACCCCACCUACGAAGGACCAAUGCAUCAUUUUCUCCACUGAUGGAAUUACCAUGGAAGAUGAUUAUCAGAUUCCCAUUUUGCUGGUAGCUGGUGGGGUGGCCUGUGCCGUUGUCUUACCGUUGAUAUUUUUCUUACUGUAUAAAGUCUUAAUGCUUCACAGGAAACCAAAACCUGUCAGGGAAGAUGACCUUGAAAAAGAGACUUACGUCAAAUUUGAAACCCUUUCCCUCAAACCACGUUCCGUGGUGGCAGGUGGGGAGCUUUGGGCUCGGCGGAACACCGAUGAGUCAGAAAGACUACUGCUGUGUUCUAGGUCAAGUAUGGAUUCUCAGAUGACCUUCAAAAGUGAAGGCUCAAGGUCAGAGUACCUCUGCUGACUCUGGGUGUUCUGCGGACCAUCUGAAGAUCCCUACUGGGGAAUAGGGGAGUGACUGCAGCCUUGUUUCAGAUGCUGGAUCAGUGCCAGUUAUAAAAUGUGAGGAUUAAGGACAGCAGCAUUGAAUAGAAAUCUUUUGUGGGACAUAUGGGGGGGAAUGCCUCUUUGAAAAGUGACAUUUUUGAACUUUUGUAUUAUUUUUGAAGCAUUCUGCCUGUUUAUAUUCUGUCUUUUUAUCAAUUUGCUCUUGUUCAAAUGAAAGAUUUUGUGUAAAACAUGUACCACCAGCCUGUCCAUUGCUAUCUAUGUUUCUUGUUUUUAUAUAAACUAACUUUAGAUUAAUAGGUAUUUAAAAAUACAUUUUUCAUGUGCAGUUAAAAUGUUAGAUUUCCAUGCUUGGACAUUUGACAGAUACAAGGGCCACAAUCCAGCAGAACUCAUUGAAAUAAGCGUGGAUUUGUUGGUUUAAUUCUGCUUUUUGAAUUGUGGGCGAGAUGUCUGGUGAUAAAAAUGUGGUUUGUGUUGUAGAACACAGUUGAACAUUAAAUAAUGCCUUGUUUUGA